GGGGAUUCCAGGGGUGGAGGGUGAGCUGGGGACCCAGUCCAAGGAGGGAGGAGAGCAGGCCCCUGAAAUGGUGGAGGGGAACUCUGUCCUCAACUCAGUCCUCAACCUGGGAGGAUUCUGUUUGUCCAGAAGCUGUUGGUUAAGCUGCUGGGGCAGGGCUCUGGGUGGGCCCCCAGGUGAAGGGAACGUUAGCGAAAGCUUCAGGGACCCCGGCUCUCCAGGACCUGUGCUUGGGACAGACGCACACUGAAGAAUGUGAGUGACCAGCAGGGGCAGCCUAGAGGCAGCGGGAAGACGUCCAGGCAGAGACCCAGAGCAGAGGCCCUGAGGCAGGUGCUCUCCCCAGCCGCCUGCUGACGCCUGCCUGUGCUGGGAGGCCCUGAGUCACCACCCCUGCGUGUCCUGUCUCCUCCUCCAGACCCCAACCCUGAGCCUGGCCUCAGCCAGGCCCCAAGACCCCUGUUCCUGGGCUCUGGGGGAGCUCGGACCCAGCCAUGCUGCCCAUGAGGAGGUGGGGGGUUCACUGAGCCCACUUCCCACGGGCCAACUGCAGCCGGCUUCUGAGGAAAAACUGUUUAAACGACAUGCCUUUCACCAUCAAGGAGACAGUGGACAGCGUCAAAAAUGCCUGGAAAACCUUCAUCUGACCAUUUCUACCAGAAUUUGGUGCUUUCUGACGCACACGUUAAUUAAAAUGGUGGGCAAACCAUGCUUCUGUCAGACCUUCCACGGACUUCCUAGGGUGUCUUCUGAAGCCACCAGCGGCUUCUCGCUGGUGGGGCCUUAAAACUUUGAACUGCAGCCUGGAUGUCAGCACCCGCCCCGAUGGAGCUUGUCUGCGGCGGAAACAGCCCCCUCUGUGCAGGCCCCCCGUGUCCCCGACUGUCUCUCCCUCUCCCACUCCCUUUCCUGGCCGUCUUGGUCAGUCUGGGCUGCCGUGACAGGAGGCCACAGCCUGGAGGCUUAGACCACAGAAGCGCGUUUCUCGCAGCUCUGGAGGACGGGAAGUAGAGCACGUCAGGUUCUGGUGAAGGCCUCUCAACCCCUGCUCCCUGAGGAAACCAGCAUGCUGAAGUCUCAUCACACCUACAGAUGAAACUGUCCCCCCAAAUUCUAUGUUGAAGUCCCAACCCCAGCACCUGUGACCUUGUUUGGAGACACAGUCUUCACAGAGUCAACCAAGCGAAGGUGUGGUCACGAGGACGGGCCUCACUCCAGCACAGCACGUCCUUGUGGACAGAGGAUCUGGAGACACACGCUCGCAGGGAGAGGCCGCAGCAGGAUGAAGGCGGAGGUCGGGCCAGGAACACGGAGCGCUUGGAGCUGGAGAGAGGUGGCGGGGACAGACUGGUCCUGCCCCCAGCCUCAGGAGGAGCCAGCCCUGAAACCAGAUCUCGGGCUUCUUGGCGCUGAGCUCGUCGGCCAGUAGAGUAACCGCGGAAGCACAAGCCAUUCUGGGUACAGACCUAAUGACUCUUCACCUGUAAACACCUCAGCACGGAUCGCAGAUGAACAAAAACAUCUCCGUUCACAGCUGCGAUGCGGUGGAGUCCUUUAACCAUGCUGGGGCUUAUCAUCGACAGAACGUUAUUACACAGUAUACAAGACAUAUUUCCAAUUGCGAAUGUCCCCAUCGUGCACGUUGUAACCCUUUCGUCCUGAGCCAGGAUCCAUUCCAGCUCUGUGCACUGAGGAUUUCUGUCUGUUUCCGUCUUGUUCUACCUCCCGGCAGGUGUCCAGCCCUCCGCUGCCACACAGCCAGGCUGACCAGUACGUCCUCGGCUGGGACCAGCAACUCAACCUCGCUUAUGUGGGCGCCGUCCCUCACCGUGGCAUCGAGCAGGUCCGGACCCACUGGCUGCUGGAACUUGUCACCACCAGGGGCUCCGCUGGAUGGGGCCCAAGCUACAACUUCACCCACCUGGACGGGUACUUGGACCUUCUCAGGGAGAACCAGCUCCUCCCAGGGUUUGAGCUGAUGGGCAGCCCCUCCGGCCACUUCACCGACUUUGAGGAUAAGAAGCAAGUGUUUGAGUGGAAGGACUUGGUCUCCAGCCUGGCCAGGAGAUACAUCGGUAGGUACGGACUGGCGCAUGUUUCCAAGUGGAACUUCGAGACGUGGAACGAGCCAGACCACCACGACUUUGACAACGUCUCCAUGACCAUGCAAGGCUUCCUGAACUACUAUGAUGCCUGCUCCGAGGGUCUGCGCACCGCCAGCCCCGCCCUGCGGCUGGGCGGCCCCGGGGACUCCUUCCACCCCCAACCGCGAUCCCCACUGAGCUGGGGCCUCCUGCGCCACUGCCACAACGGCACCAACUUCUUCACUGGAGAGGCGGGCGUGCGGCUGGACUAUAUCUCCCUCCACCGAAAGGGUGCACGCAGCUCCAUCUCCAUCCUGGAGCAAGAGAAGGCUGUGGCGCAGCAGAUCCGGCAGUUCUUCCCCAAGUUCGCGGACACCCCCAUUUACAAUGACGAGGCGGACCCGCUGGUGGGCUGGUCCCUGCCGAAGCAGUGGAGGGCCGACGUGACCUACGCGGCUAUGGUGGUGAAGGUCAUUGCCCAGCACCAGAACCUGCUGCUGGCCAACACCAGCUCCGCCAUCCCCUACGCGCUCCUGAGCAACGACAACGCCUUCCUGAGUUACCACCCACACCCCUUCGCGCAGCGCACCCUCACCGCGCGCUUCCAGGUCAACAACACCCGCCCGCCGCACGUGCAGCUGCUGCGAAAGCCGGUGCUCACCGCCAUGGGGCUGCUGGCGCUGCUGGACGAAGAGCAGCUCUGGGCCGAGGUGUCGCGGGCCGGGAAGGUCCUGGACAGCAACCACACGGUGGGGGUCCUGGCCAGCGCCCACCGCCCGGAGGGCCCGGCCGACGCCUGGCGCGCCGCGGUGCUGAUCUACGCGAGCGACGACACCCGCGCCCACGCCAACCGCAGCGUCCCAGUGACCCUGUGGCUGAGCGGGGUGCCCCCCGGCCCGGGCCUGGUCUACGUCACUCGCUACCUGGACAACCGGCUCUGCAGCCCCGAGGGCGUGUGGCGGCGCCUGGGCCGGCCGGUCUUCCCCUCAGCUGAGCAGUUCCGGCGCAUGCGCGCGGCCGAGGACCCUGUGGCCGAGGCGCCGCGCCCCUUCCCUGCCGGCGGCCGCCUGACCCUGCACCCUGCGCUGCCGCUGCCGUCGCUCCUGUUGGUGCACGUGUGCGCGCGCCCUGAGAAGCCGCCUGGCCAGGUCACGCGGCUCCGCGCUCUGCCCCUGACCCGAGGGCAGCUGAUUCUGGUCUGGUCGGAUGAGCACGUGGGCACCAAGUGCCUGUGGACAUAUGAGAUCCAGUUCUCCCAGGAUGGGAAGGUGUACACCCCGGUCAGCAGGAAGCCAUCGACCUUCAACCUGUUUGUGUUCAGCCCCAACACAGGUGCUGUCUCUGGCUCCUACCGAGUUCGAGCCCUGGACUACUGGGCCCGGCCAGGCCCCUUCUCAGACUCUGUGCGGUACCUGGCAGCCCCUGCACCGGGAGGGCCAUCCCCCGCCAGCAACCCGUGAACCUGUGCUGAGCCCCGACGGGCUGCACCUGCCUGGCAGUCAGCUGGCUGAACUGCUCUGCUCCCCUGCUGCCCUCCGCCGCCCCCCUUUACAAAAUACUUUUAUGUUUUA